GUCAUUCGAAGGAUAUUGCGCAGACUGAACGCACUGAUCGCGGUGCGAUAGCUCUUGCUCUGUUCUUUCGCCCUAAAGAUUUGACUUUUAGUCUCAAACGUAUUUAUCCAAAUUUUGGAAAAGAACUUUGUUUAAAACUCUUUCAACGAAAUAAUUUUCAAUUGUGGGUGUUUGCUGAAAUUAUCUCGGUGAUUAAUUUAAAGUGAUUAAUUUCAUUAAGAAAAAAAUCAAAAAUAUGGAAUUCUAUGUGAACAAUAAUUUUGCAUCAGAGGAGAGUGUUGAAGAACAAAAUUAAAAGAAUAAUUUUCUAUCAGAGGUGGCUUUAUCAAAUAAUAAAUACUCAGUUUUUUGUUAUUUUGCUGGAAAAUCUGUGCUGAAAUUGUGACUUGAUUUAGUGAUCCUCUAAAGAAGUUGAUAAACAUUUUUCUGUAAACACUUUAUGUGCUGAAUACUGAAGAAUUCAAAAUAGUGCUAUUUUAAGGCAAUACUGGCCUAAACCAAGGAAAUAAACUAAAAGAGAAAAAUACUCGAAAUUUGUGCUCGAAGGACCAAAAAAGACCAAUCCAAUUACAAUGGAGUCUGAUGGGGAGCAUGAAAAUGGAUUUACCACCUACAAUUCCCCUCAGCAUCAGAAUUAUCAUCGAUAUGAAGAAUAUGUAAAUCACUCAAUACAUCCUUCAUCUGCUGGUUCACCUCUCCCACCUCAAAAUAAUCCUUCGCCACAGAUGUUGUCCAUGUCAUCCCUGUCGUCAGCCCAUGGUAUGCUCCCGCCACAGAGUCCGUCUUUGACUCAACAGCAGGGCGCCAUGAUAAUGUCCUCAGGAUCACCUCUUAUGGCACAAUAUCCACCAUAUCAGGAUAUCCUACCGUCCACAGUUUUGCCACCACCUUCCACGGGUCAAGAGGAUGCAACUAGUUGGAGUUAUCAGUUGCAAGGUUCAAAUUACCAAGGUGACUACUGCACCUCUGGUUACGGUGUCCUUCAGAGACAGUCGUUUGGUACCAAAGUGACAGCCACGGGACCUCUUAAGGGUGCAAAGGAAGCCCGGAUUCGACGGCCUAUGAAUGCCUUUAUGGUAUGGGCUAAAGUUGAACGGAAGAAGUUAGCAGAUGAAAAUCCUGAUCUCCAUAAUGCAGAUCUCAGCAAAAUGUUAGGAAAGAAAUGGAGAUCACUUACACCACAAGAUCGACGGCCAUAUGUGGAGGAGGCUGAGAGGUUGCGUGUUAUUCACAUGGCAGAACAUCCCAACUAUAAAUAUCGCCCUCGUCGACGGAAACAUACAAAGGCCCGAAGUGGUCCGACUGGAAAUCAGCAGAAUACCAAUUCUGGAUCAAAUGUCACAUCCCAAGCCACGCACAAUGGGGCGACAGGUGGUGGGAGUUCUACAGGUUCUGGUGGUGUCUCCGGUGCUGAUAUCUAUGAUGGUGAUUCCAAUAGAAUCAGUCCGUACACUGGGAGUCAGUAUGGAUUGUACUAUAGCAAUAGCAAUGCUCUGCAUACUCCAGAAUCCAGUCCUACGCAGAGUCCAGAACCUCGAGGUGGUCGAUCUAAGUGUAGUGAUAUUAAAAUUGAAGAUGUAGCAUCUCUGCCAACACCUGAAAUGAGUCCUCUGGAACUGGAGAAGGAAGCAUAUGGAACGGAUAAGAAGAAUCAUGGCUAUGUUGACUACAGCCAGGGUCAGGUUAAGGGUGAAAAAGUGCCACCAUCUGCAUUUGGCACCUAUGAAAAUGACGCGGAUAUGGUCAAGCGAGAGUUCAUGGGUGCAACGUCCUAUGAAAUGUCAGACAAAUCCAAGUACGAAUUUACACCACCAGAUAAGAAGUACCAAUACGAUACGGGAAGCUCGGGUAUGGUUGAGAAGAGAACUAGUUCAUACUUAGGAUCCACUAGUGCAUCAGCUACGACAAUUGUCGCUGGAAAGGGCAUGUAUGUGACUUGUACGAAUCGUGGACUUCUGGAUCAGGGUCAUGUGGUUAGGGGAACGUACUAUCCACCGUUGGCAACAUCGCAGGAUCAUCAGAAUUUGGGAACACCGACUGCAACGACAUCUACAGCUGUUCUCAACUAUGCCAAUCACGUGGCUGGUCAGCAGAAGCAGCCUAAUCAUCAAAAUCACAAUGGGCACAAUGGACUUACGCCAGGCAGUGCAAUAGAUGCUUACUAUCAAACUUCCACUCUACCAGCAUCUUACUCCUAUCCCUCCGCUUACAAAGAAUACUACCACUCUCAUCCACUGCUGCCCCCAAUACUGUCAGAGGAUCCUGAUGGGCGUAAGGAAUUUGACAAAUACCUCCCAUCCAUAGAUAGCAAUCACAACAGCUACAGUGACUAUGAAUAUCAUCAUGGCAGUCCAACUUCUUUCCCACCAGCAUCUGCAGCAUCAACAUCUGGUCCCAUGGCAACCUCACCUGCAAGCUCUCAGCUCCACCUCCAUCAAGACUACUAUCAUCAUCAGCAGUUCCACGGAUCACCGCUGGCAGCGCCAACGACAGUUUCCGGAAACACCGGUGGGACAGCUAGUGGCGCCACCGUGGCCAAAGUUGACGCUAUGAUCGGUGGAAGUCUACCACCUGGGUAUACAACAUUGGUAAAUGUUGGAGCAUCUGGAGAACAGAUUCCUAUAACAGAUGACUUUAGCAACAUUCUUGCAGGUGUCCGCAAAACUUGCUACAGCAACUGACUUUCGAAAAGGUAAUUAAAGAAAGAUAAUUUGUCUAGAUUUUGAAACCAAAAUCAAGGUCAAAAAUAUUUUAAAAUUUUAAUAUUCAGAAGUCAACAGAAUUAGGCAUAGGGUAAGUGUGCCAAAUUUCGGCAUAGUUGCAUACAAGCGCCAAAGUCUCAAGUUUGAAAUGUAAUAUCUUUAAUAGAAAUUGACUUUUUUCAUUCCUUGUACAUUAGGAGUGUUCCUUAGAACCUUGUAGAUAGUUUAUCGUUUUUAUUUACUUUAAAAUUGUUCUUAAUACAUUUUAAAAUUAAUAAAAAUGUAGACAUAGCUUUGGUGCCCUAUUUCGGCCACCUUCAUUCUCAUAGUUCCUUGCCCUUCGGGAAUUGUUCCAAUAUCUUUUUCACGUCAUCUCGUUUGUCAAAGCUACAUUUUUUGUUAUUCUUUUGCAUUGUAUAAUCUCUAGAGUAUAUAAAAACUAAAAAUUCAUGGAAAUUCGAGGAACAAAAAAUGUGGCCGGAAUUGCAAGCUGGCCGGAAUUUUGCACACUUACCCUACGAAGUUUUUGUAUUGUAGAUACCCAGGAACUUCCAUUUCAUUAGAAAUGUGCUCUGAUUUCUCGACUUUCUAAAACAUCCUAAAAUCCUAAAAUAAGUAUGAUCAUGAUCUUGGAAUAGGAAUUCAUUGUAAUAUAAAAAAUAAAUAAAUCAAAAUUUUUUUUCGAAAUGAUUUAGUUAUUUGAAUUUUCACGGAUAUUAUGGUGCUAUUCCAAUGAAAAAUUAAGAUUUUUUUUAGUACUUUACGGUUCGUAAAUUACUGACUACGUAAAGUAACAACUGUUUGGUGGUUUGAGAACACGACUGGGACUGGAGAAAAUAGUUGUGACGGGAAUCAGCAGAAAAAAAAUGUUGAUAAUACAGAAGCAAUUGAGAACAGAUUUUUUUCCCUUCAGAGAAAGGGAGAAUCUUUUGGUGCUAUUCCAAUGAAAAAGUGACCAUGUUUUUUUAGCACAUUACUGUUCACAAGUACUAAAAAAAACCAUGUCUGUUCUCAUACGUCAUUUCAAGGCAAAUAAUGAGUAGAGAAUAUUAAUGCUGCUCGCCAACUUUUCACCACUGAGAAUUCACGGGAAAACCUGCGAAAACCCGCGGUUGAGGCUAAAGUUGCCAACUCCCGGCCAUCCAACUACAUCACGCCACCAAGCAAACAUGACAGAUUUCUCCACACUGACUUAAUGUCAGAUGGCAUUGUGAUCGGGUGAAAGCUUGCUCGGAGGGAAUAUUCGAAUUCGGAUUUCGGUUGAACUUUUCUUUUGUGUCAGUUCCUGUCAUGACUUUUUUGUGAUUUUGAAACACGACGAGGACUGGGGAAAAUAUGAAGUUUUUGUGUAAGGAGAAGAACCUUACAUCUUGUCAAUCAUGAUAAAGAUAAUGUUGAAAGUACUAUGAAAGUGAGAACAUUAAAUUAAUAUUGUCGAUUUCCCAACCGAAAUCUGAAUUCGAAUAUUCCCGCCGAGCAAACUUUCACCCGAUCACAAUGCCAUCUGACAUUAAUUGAAAUAACAUGUGGGAACAGUCAUGGUCUUUUUAGUAAUUGAGAACAGUAAUGUGCUAAAAAACAUGCUAAUUUUUUCAUUGGAAUAGCACCAUUUCUCCUGAACAUUUUUUAGCACAUAACUGUUCUCAAAUCUUCUACAUAAUCGACUUUUCUUCGUGUUGGUUCCUAUUACGACUGUUUGGUGCUUUUGAAACAGAACAAAGAGUGGAGAAAACAGCCGAGAAAGGACAGGAAUCAAUGCAAAGAAAAAUCGAUAUUGCAGAAGCAUUUGAGAACAGUUCUGUGCUAAAAAAAAUCAAGAGAAGAAUUCUCCAUUUUCAUUUUUCAUUAAAAUAGCACAAUUACCCAGGAAUCCUAGGACACCUCUAUCUUUUCCAAACUUCGUCUAAAUUCAGUUAAAUUGUAUAAAAUUAUAUAUAUUGUAUUAUAUUUAACAUGACUUAGCGUCUGUUUCUUUUCUUCUCUGAACGACAUUUCGUAACUCUUCUCAGAUCACAAUCUUGUAUCAAAAUUCAAAAACAUAUUCAAUAGAAAUGAGAAGGAUGAAUAGAUAGAAACUUGCCAAUUCUUUUAGUAAAUAAUUUAGUAGAGAAUUUUACUACACAUCGUAGAUACUAUGUAGAUUAUUCUAAUACUCAAGACCCUGAUCUCUAUGAUCAAUAUCCACUAUGAGUUUUUUGCUUUAGAAUCUUUCCCAUUUUGUUCUCUUUGAGAAGUUUUACCGGAAAUUUUAUUUAAAAAAAUAAAUAUUACUCUUAAUGUAAAUAUUUUAUAUCAUCUACAAAGCAGGCAAAGUGCAGAUUAAUUUGAAUAAACUAGUUAAAAAAAGAGAUGUACGAAUGAGGAAAUUAAAAAAAGAUGAUGCAGUGCUUCCAAGGUUAAACAAAAGUUUGAGAAAUUUGUUAGAAAAAUAAAAAAAGAGAAAAAUUGUAUAUUUACCUGCACUUGUUAACUAAGGAACAAAGUGAAAUCUUUAUUUCCGUAUGUAGGAUUCUUUUUGUAUUUAUUUUAUAAUAUAUUUUUUAAUUGAACUGUAAAUAAUUUUUUUGAGUUUAAAAGAAAAAUUAGUGAACACAGAUAAAUACUUACUGAAAAUAAACAAAAAAUACUUAUUUUAAAUAAUAUUUACUGAAUAGAACCAAAGGUUUCCCUCGACUUUUCCCCUAUAAAUCUAUUUUUUUUUAAACAUUUUAUAGGGUUUUAGUUUUUUUUCAAUUUUUUUUUUUAGUUAUUUGUAUUUAGUAAUAUUUUUCACAUGUCUAAAUAGUAACAUACAUCAAAAGUGACGAUAGGUACUUAAUGUUUUUUUUUAUAGAUUCUUUUUAUUAUAAGCGAAAAUGUUUAAAAAUAAUUUGAAGUGAAUGUUUCAUUGUGAAAUUUUUUUAAAUGUUACUUUUUAUGUAAAGUUUUCUUACAAGAGACAGUUCUUUGUAAAUCAGUUACGGAAGCAGUUUUAUAAUUAUAUUAGAAAAUGACGAAAUAAAAUCGUAAUGAUGUAAAAUAGAAAAUAAAUGAAAAAUAUUCAGUACAAUAAAAUGAUUUAUAAAUCAAACCUUAAAAA